AUGCGCUCGUAUCGUUUAGCGUCUAUUAGACGACACUACACUGCGCUGGUAGCACCAUGUGGUCUCCGUUUUUUCUCUCCUUCGACGACCGUUAACUUGGAUUAUCUUUUAAACCCAACACCUGAACACAAGAUGCUGCGUGAAACGGUUCAAAGAUUCGCAGCGGAGCGGGUUGAAACGCAGGCAAAACAGAGCGAUAUUGACAUGCAUUUUAAUGUUGAUCUCCUACGCGAGUUGGGUGACCUUGGUGUACUCGGUGUAACCAUUCCUGAGGGAGACGGUGGUGCUGGAAUGGACGCCACGGCAGCGGUUGUUAUCCACCACGAGCUUUCCAAAGUGGAUCCAGGCUUUUGUCUCGCCUACUUGGCUCACUCGAUGCUUUUUGUGAACAACUUCUAUCAUGCUUCCACAGCGGCACAACGGGAGCGGUGGCUCCCCAAAGUGCUUACAGGCGAGCACAUAGGUGCAAUGGGCAUGUCGGAACCCGGUGCGGGUACAGAUGUUCUUGGUAUGCUGACCACUGCGACAAAAGAAAGUAAUGGAAAGUAUAUUCUUAACGGUGGCAAGACGUGGGUGACAAAUGGUACCGUUGCUGACCUUGUUCUUGUGUAUGCAAAGGUUGACGGCAAAAUCACCGCGUUCGUUGUAGAGAAGGGUGCAUCGGGGUUUUCUGUGGGGAAGAAGAUUGACAAGUGCGGCAUGCGUGGGUCUCACAUGUGUCAACUUUUCUUCGAUAAUGUGGUGCUUGGAGAGGAGAAUCUGCUCGGCACUGAAGGGAAAGGGCUUGUGGCAAUGAUGCGUAACCUGGAGGUUGAGCGUCUCACAUUGGCCGCAAUGGCGGUGGGUAUUGCUGAUCGUUGCGUGGAACUCAUGACGUGUUAUGCCAAUGAGCGUAAGACGUUUGGUAAACACAUUUGGAAUUAUGGACAGAUUCAGCGCUACAUUGCCGAGACGUUUGCAGAAACGGAGGCGGCCAAAUCACUUACAUAUGCUGUAAGCAGGAGUGUGGCGCCAGGAAAUUGCAACCGCCUGGGGAGCGAUGCGGUAAAAUUGUUUGCAGCGCCUGUUGCGAAGCGGGCGGCUGACAACGCCAUGCAAGUUAUGGGUGGUAUGGGAUAUGCGCGUGAUAUGCCGGUGGAGCGGCUGUGGCGGGAUGCGAAGUUGCUUGAGAUCGGCGGCGGCACACUCGAGGCACAUCACAAGAACAUUACGAAAGAUUUGAUCAACAGUCUUUAA